AUGGCAACGAGACUUAAGCUCGCCGAAGCAAAGCGUGCUCAAGGUUUCAUACGUUUACAAAACAUUUACGAUAUGAUUCCAAAGCUAAGCAGUGACAAGAAGGCUCUAUCGCAGUUCAUCGCGCAAGCUCGAUUGGUCGAUCAACUGAGGAAAGAAUUUAUAGAGUUGAUGGAUGACGUCAAUCUUCUGAACUUGGAGUUGGACCCGGAGUAUAACGUGAACUACAGCGCAAUGAACGCGUUUGAAGAUCUCUACUGCGUAAUCAAAUGUCAAAUUACAAAAAUUGAUGCACCUGCUCCGAGCCUCUCGACAUCCAGGGAUUCGAGCCAUACCUGUAAGGACGACUCCAUUAAAAUCCCACGGAUUGAUCUUCCUUCUUUCGAUGGAGAUAUCCAAAAUUUCCCAUACUUCUAUGAAACAUUUAAGCGUAUCAUACAUGAGAAUAAAAAACUUACAGAUUCUGAGCGUGUUCAUUACUUAUUUAGUCAUCUGACAGGAAAAGCAAAGUCGAUCUGUGUGGGAGUUAUACCUGCCGCAGAAAAUUACAACACAGUUUGGGAAGCAUUGAUCGCAAAAUAUGAUGAUAAACGCGCAUUGGCAACGUCAUAUUUAAACCAGCUGUUUUCGAUGAAACCUGUCAACGUCAACGGUCCUUCGGCAUCUAUUUUAGAAAAAACAAUUGAUACGUUUGCUGCUACUAUUUCAGCAAUAAAACAACUCAAGCUCGAAAACUUAAGUGACUUUAUUUUCAUUCAUCUGGGUCUUAAGUUAUUAGAUUCAGAUACCACAAAGAAUUUUGAGAUGUCUAUUCGGAAUUCUUCUAAAAUGCCUACAUAUGACGAAUUCAUUUGUUUCGUUAGUGAACAAGUGAAGAUUUUAUAUCGGACAUUGCAACGAACGCCAACUAAGGCUGAAAGCGGCUCCGCUGCCAGCACUAGCAGCGUGCGAGCUCCUCUCCCUCGCACACCCCAAGCGUAUGUUAGCACGCAAGGGCAUGACAACGGAAAUCCAUGUGCUAUGUGUAAGAGUAAUGAUCACUCGCAACUUUAUAAUUGUAAUUCCUUCAUGAAACUCCCACCUAACGAAAAAUUUAAUUUCGUUAAGGAAACUCACGCGUGCACUAAUUGUCUGAACACGCAUCAUACUGCAUCGAAAUGUUCCUCAAAGAAAACUUGUCGUAAAUGUCAAGGCAAACAUCAUACAACGUUACACUUUGAAAACUCAAAACCUGUAAUGAAGAGAAACGAGUCCAAGUCCUCACCUAAGGAUGAUAGUGAAGCUAGCACAAGUUCAUCUGUGACGGACAACGGUGCCUCCGUAUGUACUCAUUCGGCAUUGAGACAGACUAAAUCACCCUUGACGGAAAUUCUCGCCACUGCUAAGGUGCUAGCUAGUGGGCGUAACGGCAAGGACAAGGUUUUGAGAUGUCUGCUGGAUCCAGGAUCACAGAAACAUUACGUUACAUUGAAGUGCUGCAAGAAUUUAGGUCUUCCUGUACACAGCAGCCCCGUGACUUCAAUAAAUGGAUUAGGGGGAACAACGAUAACACAACCCAUUCGAGGAACUGUCAACUUAACAUUUAGGUCAAGAUAUGAUCCUAAAUGUCAAUAUACUAUCGAAGCGCUUGUAUUAGAUGAGAUCACGCCUGAUUUACCGACCUGUCAUAUUGAUCAAUCUUCAUCUGAUCUGUUUGAUAAUUUACAUCUAGCAGAUGAUUCCUGGGCGAUCCCAGAAGAAAUUGACGUACUUCUUGGUGUUAAGUUAUUCACCAAAUUGUUAAUGUCGGAUAAAAUUGAGAACAAACCUGGUUUGCCUGACGCUUUAGAAACUACACUGGGGUACAUCAUAUUAGGUGAUGCUCCCGCAGUAAAUGCUUCCUACUCAGCAGCUGGGUAUUUUACUUCGGUUGAAGUGGGAAAUUUGAUGCAAAAAUUUUGGGAAAUUGAAGAUUUAGAUGGAGUCAUUCAUAGUCCUGCCGACAAACAAGCUGAAGACAUAUUCAAAAAUACAGUGAAUCGUUUGGAAGACGGGCGGUACGAAGUUGCACUUCCAUUUAAAUUGGAACCAAACAAUUUAGGCAAUUCUUACAAGACUGCUGAACGCAGAUUUUUAGCACUUGAAAGAAAAUUCCUCAAACAACCUGAGUUAAAGCCAGCUUAUGAUGAAGUUAUCCGUGAACAUAUUGAUAAAAAAUACUUAUCUGAGGUUCCGAAUGAUAAGUCAAAUGAUGCUUAUCACAUACCCCAUCACGCAAUUGUCAAAAGUGACAGAACAACCACAAAGGUGAGAAUUGUGCUGGACGCUAGUGCACAGACCACAAGCGGCUUAUCAUUAAAUGACAUACUUCACGCAGGACCAAGUCUACAGGCUGACUUGUUCUGCAUUCUCCUAAACUUGCGAUUAUUUGCUAUUACCAUCACGUCUGAUGUACGUCAAAUGUAUCUGUGUAUUGACGUACGGGGGGAGGAUCGUCCUUAUCAGCGUAUCCUUUAUAGGUUUAGUCCUGAAGAAACUAUAAGGGUGUUUCAAUAUAACAGGGUAGCUUUCGGUCUACGUAGCAGUCCUUUUCUGGCACUGCGAACUGUCAAACAGUUGGUAGCUGAUGAAGGUGAUAAAUACCCACUCGCAAAAGAAAUCGCAUCUCGUGAUAUUUAUAUGGAUGAUGUAGCCAGUUCAGUUAUUGAUGAAGACCAGGCUGUACAAGCGACUAAACAACUGCUGGAUUUGUUCUUGAAAGGCGGAUUCCAAUUAGCAAAAUGGUCGUCUAAUUCUGCAGCUGUUCUGAAAGAAAUACCAAAGGAACUACAUCUGUCCCAAAGUGUCACCUUCGACGAUGAUACAACGUUGAAGAUUUUAGGUCUUCGUUGGUAUCCUGGUGAAGAUGUAUUCAAGUUCCAGAUGGAAUUCUUCGCGUCGGAGGACGUCUCAGUAAUUCUAAUGAAGAUUACGAUUAUAAACAUCCUUUGUUAUUGCCACGUCGUGAUCACAUCAUUAAUCUACUGGUCGAUUACUACCAUCGACACCAUUUACAUGCAGGACCUGAAACUCUUAUAUCUAUUCUGCGACAUCGAUUCUGGAUUAUAG